CUGUGAGGCUGCACUUGCAGCUUCCAUUGUUGCUUGUCCUGAUAUUCCCCUUACAAAAAAGGGGGGGGAUCCUCCCCCUCCUUCCCCCAGCAGGGCUUGAACCCUUGACUGGGGGAGACGUUAGCUACUUUCGGAAGUUAAAAAUAAAGGCAUAGAUCACGGUUACAGCGCCGGCCGAAAGCGGGUCAGAAGAAGUCCCGACCCAGCAUGUCAUUCAUCCCCUUGAUCUAGCCGCUCGUGCCGUAACCAUGGCAGCCAGCACUUCCGAUAACUGCAGUCAGCCCUGUUCAAGCAUUCAUUGGACGACCGCGGAUCACACGAUCCAGGGCUCGAAACGGGCCCGCCCCCUGCCUGUCACUCACCCUCCGGGCGGGUGUCGUAACACGUUCUCACCUUUGACAACGCCUCCUAGGAUUUCCUUUCUUCGAUAUGUCUAGAAGCUAUGAAAACUCCAUUGGAGUUGUGGGCAGAAAACAGAAAGGAGCUUCAUUUGACCAUACUGAGCAUGCUCCAAUGCUUUUGAGCAUGCUCAGAUACACAGGAAAUGAGGUAACGUCAAGUAUAAGAAAGUUGCGGCGAAGUUACUGUUCUUGCUGAGACCGGCUGAGAAGGAGUCAUAAUGUUUUCACUCCCCGUUCCUAGGCUAGUAUAACGGGGAGAGAAACCUCAACCGCAAAACACAGAUAUAAUCUCCUCUUCCCUGCUGUUAAGAAGUGUAGGCCUGCACGUUAACAUGAAAACUCUCUUUGCUUUAUGUUUCGUGGGACUUUUGCUCGUCUCUGCUGUUUCUUCGGCACCCAGAACGGUCAAAAGAGAAGGAUGUCCUGAUAUGGAUCCUCUGAAAGUAUAUGAAGGUGGCAACACAUCUUUCAUUCUUCCAGUUGAUACAAGACAGAUAGUGGUGAACAUGUGCCAAAAAGAUAAAUGUAUAGAUUAUCAUUUGGCUAAUGGGAGUGUUAGGAAUAUAAGUAAUGAUACAUGGUUAUCUCUUACAAGCCAAAACUUGACCAUGUGGAACCUAAGAGAGAAAAAUGAAUUCGACAUCAGAAUUGAGAAACCCCUGGAUGGAACAUGCUUGGCUCAAGUAACUAUAAUUCCACAGGGUCCUAGUUCAUCUUGGUCUACACUGUCUUCAUCUGUUCCAUCCCAGAAAUCUCCUCACUCUGAAAUAACAAUGCGCCCAUCUACUCCAUCCCAAACGUCUUCUAAAACUUUUGCUAUAGGCCUGCCCAUUGGAAUUGUUCUGGUUGUCAUCUUGCCUCCUCUUAUCUGCCUGAUUGUAAAGAAAGAGUUGUAUCUGCCCGUUAUUCACUGGGUAAAGAAACCAAAGGCAGCAGUAAUGAAUCCUCUGUCUACCAGUGCAGCAGCAGAAUCUGAGCCCUGUAUGAAUGGAUCUCUACCUCAUCAGGAAAUGGAGAGUCAAGUCUAGUGAACAAAAAGUGAUAAGAACAUUGUGAUGUCUUGAAGUCCUUCUGUGGGUUGCAAACUCUCAGCUGGGGCUGAGAUGGGCCAGCAAGAUGCUGAAUGUUAAGGACUUCUAGUCUGCAUACUGUGUAUGAAAUCUUUGCAGUAACUUGCACAUAUCUGCACCAGCACAAUUUCCCCAUGGUGGGGUAGAAUUUCAAAGACAUCAGCCCAAUUACAAAUUAAGACUUACAUUACACCAGCAUUAAGAAUAUUUGCUGAUUAUUAUGUUGUAUUGUGCCUUUCAGCAAAUGUUCUCAAAACGGUUUACAUAGCAAAAAAAUAUGAAAAGAUGAUCUCCUAUCCCAAAGGGUUUUGCAGUCUUGAAGAUCCAGCAAACAGCUACUGGAAAAGACACUGUGCUGGGAAGAAGGAUGACAGCUACUAUUCUGCUGAACACCUGCCUCCUUGCAUGCAGAAGGUUCCAAGUUCCCUCCCUGGCAUCUCCAAGAUACGGCUGAGAGAGACUCCUGCAACCUUUGUAACCUUUGAAAAGCCGUUGCCAGACUGUGUAGACAAUACUGAACUAGAUGGACCAAUGGUCUGACUCCACAUAAGGCAGCUUCAUAUGUUCUUGUGCUGCUAAACUGGAGAGACCUGUCACUUCAAAGGUUCCUUUUUGCCCAGUGAACAGGAGUAGCAUUGGCUCACAGUAAGGCAGUUCCCGGAGUCAUCAAAUGGGCAGGACAAGUGUCCUACCCAGUUUUGGGAACUGUGAACAACCCCAAGUUCUUGAUCGUCUGAACAAAAAAACAGGUUGGAGUUGCCAACAGCGAUUGUUAAAUGGCAGCUGGGUAUGAGGGCUCUAUCCUACCCGGCAGCCGUACCCAGCUCUUGAGUGAGAGAGGGAGGAAAGGCUGUUGAGCAAACUAUCACUGUACCUCCAGCCUUGUUUUUCACUUGCACAUGAGCUAAAAAUGAGAGUGUGCCCAGCUCCUGAAACUUGGCAGGAUAUUUGUCUUCGCUAAUUGGUAUUCAUGUGAACUAUCCUAGUGUGCUUCUAGCCACAAUUCAAGGUGCUGUUUUCAAUCUGUCAAACCCUAAGCAGUCAGGGGUACUCAAAGUACUGCCUUCUCCCUUAAGAACCUGACUAGAAUUUAAAGAUCUCCCUUAACUUCACUGCCCUCCUCCUUUUAUGUAACAAUUGUUUCUAAAUUGUACACAAUCAUAUGUUUAGUCCUGUUUCUUCAAUCAGUGGAGCAUGUUUUUCUUUAUGAUGUAUUUUAUAGAGAUACAUGUUCUCGUAUUGCUCCAAUUUUGUUACAUUAUCCAGGCAGGCCAGACAACUUUUAUGUACAUUUUCUUCUUUCCAACUCUGAUGCUGAGAUUACCCACCAUUUGGCCAAAUUCUGUACCACUGCUUGCAACGUCAGGAACAAAUGGUUAACCCUUAUGUUAUGUAAGGUACAUGUGCUGUUCUGGUGGUGGGUAAUAUUGGUAAUUAUUAUUAUUUAUUAUUAAAUAAGCAAUCUUAUUUGUUUGUUGUUUCUCUGUGUAAACCGCCCUGAGCCAUUUUUGGAAGGGCGGUAUAGAAAUUGUAUUAUUAUUAUUAUUAUUAUUAUUAUUAUUAUUAUUAUUAUUAUUUUAUUUAGUACUGGAGUAUUUUAAGUUAUGUUGACUGUUAUACUUGCUGGCUGGUCGUGGACCAUAAAAUGAAUGAUGAAUGAAUAUGUCAUGUAAAAAUAUCACUCAUCUCCUAUUUUUAUACUGAAGUAAAGCAAAUGGUGUACACUGUC